GCUGAAUAAAGAGCGACGCGGGUGGUUUAAAAAUUCUGAGAUCAGCUGACCCGAACGGCUACUCAAGCAUUUCGACCAGAAGGAUGGGUGAUGAUUCCUUUGAGUGCUUAUCUAGUGGCUCAGACGAUUCCUGGGAUAUUCUGAGCAAUUCAGAAUCCGAUAAAGAAUGUGAUCUUACGACAUUUGUGUCACCACGACUAAACUGCAGAUCUAAAGUUUGUGCUAGUUGCGGAGACUUAUUAUCAGAUGAAUUUUUACAGUGCUUGUUUUGUAAAAGCUGUUAUAUAUGCAUGAAGUGCAAAACAAAAGUUCUUCAUUCUAUGAAAUGUUCGAAUACCUCAGGUGAUGGACAUUCAUUCAGUGUACAAUCUAGGUGUGGUUCCUGUGAGAAUAUAUCCAAUUGUCAGAACUGUGAAGCGGAUAUCCUAAGUUUACCAGAAAAUGAAAACGCAUCGUCGUCAUUUCACGAAAAUUUCACUCACAUUGACAACUGGGUAGAAAGCAGUUCAAAUACAGAGUUGUUUACGUCAAAUUUCAGUUCCAUUAAAAAUGAAGUAGACGUUGAGAAUAUCUCAUCCAAUUCUGCUGAUGAAUAUGAGCAACCUCAUGAAAAGUCUACAAUUCAAUUGUCACCAGGUGAUAGUUCUAUUCUACCUACCUUAUUGCAAUUUCUGCAAAACAGUAAUGGACCAAUCGUAUCAGCAACAGAAUCAAGCUUAUUUGAAUCGAAAAUACCAAAAUCUACUGCAGAGCUGGCAUUGCUUCCUAAACCAACAUUUCAACAACCUCAUACCGCCGUUCACAAUGUUCUAAUGCAUAUGGAUGAUAGUUCAGCUUUUCAAUCAUGGUUUAGCUUGGGUAGUACGUUGGUAAAUACUCAUCCAAAGCGUGAAAGUUUAACUUCUCAUUCAUCAUCUUCAUCAUUGUCUGAAUCAAAUAAUGAAAGUAUGCUACAGCAGGACUUACCAUCACCUUCACUAACGCCAACAUCACCAUUGGCUGGUAUAACAGCAGGAUUGUUUACAACAACAAAAACAGUAGCAUUAAAAAAAGAGUCAUCUGGUGGUAAUGUCUCGAAUCGAUCAAGUCCAACGUCUGACUUUUCCCCACAGUCAUCAAUCAGUUCAUUAUCAUCUUCACCGUUAGGCGCUGCUACACAGUUUCUAAAAUCAGUUGUUAAAUAUUCUGCUGCUGCACUGAACAACUUCGACUUGUUGUCAUUAGAUCAAACGGAUGAUCUGCCAGUUGACAAUUGGACAAAGUUAUCAACAGGUAAUAAAAAGCUAACUAUCGAGUGUGACAGCACACAUCAAAAAAAUCUAUCAUCACCAACAUGUCUGAGCAUCUUUAAGAAAUCGGUCAAGAUGAAUGACCUGAUCAACAACACCAAAGGGAUUGCUGUAAAGGGUUCUGUAUGGGAUAGUGAGCAUUUACGUGAGGUAAUAAACCCGAAAUCGUUACCCUCUUCAAUAGCUGAGACAACCGCUUACAAUUUGCGUUGAGAUAUAUUCACUUUUUAUUUAUUUAAACAGUUGCACGUUUAAUAUUGAUAAACUUGAUUAUUUUAUAGGCACAUGGUUCACUAAAAGGGAGGGAUAGCACUCAUCCAUUUCUCUCUCUCUCUCUCUCUCUCUCUCUCUCUCU